CUCGCUCUCGGACUGUGAUUGCGUUUCUCCGCGGAUCUCUGGAGGGAGCUGCAGGCAGUGAGCUCACAUCCUCGCGAUGCAGCUGCUAGCGAGUCACAGCGAAUGCUAGUUCAUAACUCCGGUUCAAAUCUGCGACAUACGCACCAGCCUUGCAGGACUACCGCGUAGCGACAUAUAAACGCGUUGAUUUCAGAUUGUAUCCGCAGGUUCUUCCAGUCAUUGCUGGCUAUGGAAUGCGGUUUCACUUAAAUACCCCCCCCCUCUUCUUAGUGGGGUCGCGCAUUUUAUCUCGGCUCGUUGUGUCGGGUCUAUCGGUUCAGUGUGUGAAACCGAGCACCAUGUGGGCCAGGAAUGAUUUUGAGGACGGAUUCGACGCGUAUAAGAUAGGUUCGAGCACGUCCUCUCCUGGAUGGGUCCCUGGCUGCGACUCGGCAUGGCAAGCUUCCUCUUCCGCCGCUGGCAUUAGCAGCCGCGGGCGCCGUCACAGCGCUGCCUCGGACAGUGGCGAUACCGGCAUCGGAACCUCGUGUUCUGACAGCGUAGAAGACCACUCCAGCUCCAGCGGCACAUUGUCUUUCCAGCCUCUGCGCUCGCAAGGUCCCAUCCCCACGGCCCACGUCAUGCCAUCUCCGUCCAGCUCCAAACUCAGUGUGCCCUCUGCCCCCACCAGCCCCUGGAGCAGCUGCCAGCUCCCUUCUCCCCUCGACAGCCCCCUGGACAUGAAAGACCCCCGGCCGGUGCGCCGCUGGUCCUCCCUCACCCGUCUUACCGGCCAGGAAAAGUCCACCCCUCCCGGGAGACCGUCGUACCGCAUGGACCCGCACGGAUCCCUGGAUCGAGGUGUGCUCUACGGCUACCGACAGGACCCUCUUUAUUCACAAGACAAUGAUGUAGAUGAGCAGCAGGCAGAUGAGGAUGAGGCAGAAGUUGACGAAGAGCUCCUGCAUGUUUUGCUUGGCCUGCUGGGGAAUCUCCAUGGUGGACGCCCGCCGAAUGGCCGCCCGCGUGAUGUGCUGCACCUUCUCCAUGUCGAGGAGGGGUGGGUGGGACGGAUUAGUGCGGAGGAGAGAGGAAGAAGGACGGCAGUACCGCGAGGUGGAGUGGAGAGCCGUAUCUGUAGGGAGUUCUGUCUUACGGAUGCAUUCGGCAGCAUCGUGGACGCAGAAGCACCUGUGGCCUGUGUUCUCAUUGGCCGCUGUGUUGCGUUAUCUGCUUCGCCCGCAAUGCUGGGUGGAACGUCUCUCCCUGUCAAUACCCUGGUAAAGAUCAAGGAGGGACUCCUGAGGCAGAGGGAACUGGAGAUUGACCGGCAAAAGCAGCAAAUCCUUCAGCUCCAUGCGAGGAUCAGGGAAAACGAGUUAAGGGCGCAACAAGUCCUCCAAAACCAGAGGGGUCGCUAUGAUGACUCAUAUCUGCUCAAAGCUAAGGACUCUCCGUAUGACAGUCCGGUAUCCAGCCAGAGUCCGAAGUCCCAGCUGCCGGAGCGCGUGAGUCCACUGUGCCGUGAGAACGGAGAGCUGGGCCGUAAACUAGCUGCGGCAGAGCUGGAGGUCAUCCACCUCAGCGAAUUUCUCAAACAGAACACACAGAAAUACACUGAAGAUAUCAAGAAACUGGAGGAGAAGAUGAAAACACGUGACCGCUACAUCAGCAGUCUGAAGAAGAAAUGCCAGCGUGAACAGGAGCAGAAUCAAGAGAAGCAGCAGCGCAUCGAGACGCUGGAGAAGUACCUGGCAGACCUGCCCUCGCUGGACGAGGUCCAGACACAGGCUCAGCAGUUGCAGGAAGUGCAGGGGAAGAAGCAGACUUUGGAGGACACCGUCGCCAAGCAGGAGAAAACCCUGGAGGAGAACCGAGCCCUGCUGCAGGAGAAAGACGCCCUCAUCGAGACCCAGUCCAAACGGGAGAAAGAGCUUGUGGCUGCUGUGCAAAGCCUGCAAGAGAAAGUGGAGACGUGCUUGGAGGAUGGAGUACGGCUGCCCAUGCUGGACCUGAAGCAGCUGGAAAGGGAAAACACUCGUCUGCUAGAACAACAGAGCCAGAACAGCCUGCUGAUCGGCGAUCAGAAGCAGCAGAUUGACAAACUCUCUCUGGAGAUGUCGGCCCUGGAAAAGAAGCUGCAGAGGGAGAGGGGCAUCACGCAGGAGCUCCGCAAACAGCUCUUGGAACGGGAGGAGGAACUGGAAACCCUCUCCAAAACUCUUCAACAGAACCAAAGCCGGCCAGACGAGGAGACGCUGAAUGUGACCCCCAGGCCCCUGUUGAAGGAGAUGUCCCUGUGUCUGCUGGAUCUGAAGGGCCUGUGCAGUGUCCUCACACAGAGAGCUCAAGGCAAAGAGCCCAACCUGGCCCUGCUGCUUGGCAUCAAAUCUAUGAGCUGCUCGGCGGAGGACAACGAGAAGCCGCUGAUGGAGGACGGCUUGCAGGCCAAGCUGGUGGAGGUGUGCCAGCUGAGGAAAGACAUUGACGAGCUGCGGACGCUCAUCUCGGAUCGUUACGCACAGGACAUGGGCGAAAACUGCGUGACGCAAUGAGGCAUUUCCACCUUGUCAGGACAGACGGCGUUCCCAGAGCUCGUAAAGGGAAAAUAAAGUCAACCUGUUGGUUGGACCAAGCUGUGAAGCCAGUUUACAAGGACGUCUUUACAACAAGUUUCUUGUUUUGUUUUUUCUUGUGGACGUUGAAUUUUCAAGGAGUUUGAAUGUUUUAUUGUAUUUGUUGAGACUGCUUGAGGUUGAGUUCCUCACGCUGUUCCGGUCAGUCGUCUUUGAGGGAAAAUAGAGCAACUGGUGUCCUAAAGUGCCUUGUGUUUCUGUUUGUGUACCUCCAAACUUCAUGAACGUCAGGGAAUUAUUUUACCCAAAGCAGUUGGUCCAUCCUCUACCCAACAGCUACAGGUCGCAGGUCGACGUUCAGGACCCUCUACAUCGAAAAAACGGUCAGGAACAGCAGCAUUUGAAAAGUCCUUCAUCACCAACAUCCUGCAUUUUGUGUGGUUUAGUAUGUUUGAGCUUCCAUAAAAACGAGCAAUGUUCCAUUUCAAAAUAAAUGACAGCAGAGGAAUCCAGGUGACUCUAUUCAGGAUGCCGAUUAACUAUUUUUAAUUGGAAUAAAAUAUGAGCUGCUUUUUUAACUCGGCGGCACAGUUCGGUGUUGAGUUCCAAAGUCAGACAGGAAACGGAAUGUUCUGCACUUCCUGUGACAUGCUUAUGACAUUUUAUAUACUCCAGAUAACAUGUAUUUCUUAGACAUAUGGACGAAAUCAAUGCAAAACUUGUUCACUCAGGUAUUUUAAGAGUUUCUUUUAUUCGUGAUCUGAAUGCUUUCAGAAGGGAUUUAAGUGUCAUUAAGUUCAUUUUGACCCCAAGCAGAAUUUUUUUAUAAAGUCCAGCGAUGCGGUCAUGUCAAGCUUUGCACACGUAUUUGCACCAAGGUGACGAAUGUUUAAGAUAUUUACAGUACAAGCAUCUAUAUACGGCUUAUGUAUCGUGACUGUACUCUCAUUGUAUUUAAAGUAUAUUAAGCAUGUUUUUAUGUGCUCAUAAUAUCUUGUGCAUAGGUUUAGAAUUACUUUUUAUU